AUGUCAACCCUCUUCACCCUCCCCAUUCCCAACACAAACGGGACUGGAAACAUAACAUGCACAACGCCAGGCGCCGAUACACCAAGCCUACAAGGCUCCCCUGAAACCGACGUGUCCAAAAUCUACAUACUAACCUUCACUUCGCCUCCGGACAACCGGCUAACGCCCUCUUUCAUCUCGACAUUCCUGCUCGCGCUCGAUAUCCUAGAGCACCGGUACCCAAGGGGUGUCGUCAUCUCCACGUCGGGUAUUGGCAAGUUUUAUAGUAAUGGACUUGAUUUGGAGGUUGUGGCGCAGACAGAGGGGUUCAUGGAGAGAUGGCUUUGGGUGCUUUUCCGGAGGCUUGUUACAUACCCCAUGCCCACAAUCGCCCACCUAAACGGGCACGCCUUUGCGGGCGGCUUCAUGCUCGCCAUGUACCACGACUACCGAAUAAUGAAUCCAAAGCGUGGCUUCCUCUGUCUGAACGAGAUCGAUCUUGGUGUCCCGCUCCAAACGCCCAUGAUGGACAUUUUCCGCGCGAAGCUGUCUCCCACGACAUUCCGCGAUAUUGUCCUCGAAGGGCCCCGCGUUGGCGGUAGUGACGCUCUGCAAAAGGGGAUUGUUGAUGGCCUUGGAGGGGCUGAAGAGGUGUUUGGGUUUAUUGCGGAGAGGCAGUUGGUUGGGAAGGCGGCUACUGGGAUUUACGGGAUUAUGAAGGAGGAGAUGUAUAGGACGGUUCUUGGGGGGUUGGAUGGGCAUAAGCAGAAUCUGGAGUGGAGGGAAUCUAUUGAAGAGGGGAAGGGGGUGUUGGAGAAAGAAGCGGUUAAAAGGGUGGAAGAAUGGGAGAAGAACGAGAAGGGGAAGGCGAAGCUUUGA